AUGAAGCCCAACGAAAAGCUGACUCUUUGUGUGAUCUUUAUGGGCGUAUUCUUCACAAGCACCGUACACAUGAUCACCUCCGUCAAAUUCACCAAUGCCAUUUGCGAGUCCAGAAAUACAUCUUGGGUCAUCGUCAAUGGAUGUCGCCUGCGUGCGAUUAGCCGCAACAAGACGGUUUUGAACACCGACAUCAGCCUUCUCUAUCCGGUCCACAAUUUGCAUCUUAACUUUAAGAUGCAGAAAAGGGCAAAUGGAUAUAAGCCCUGGUUGGGCGAAUACACGAUGAUAGCUACCGUCAAAUGGACCAAUGUCAUUUGCCAGUCCAGAAACACAACUUGGGUUACCUUCGAUAAGUGCCGACUGCGUGCGAUCAGUCGCAACAAGACAGUUCUGAACAUUGAUAUUAAUGUUCAUUUUCCAGCCCGAUCGAUAACACUAUAUUGGCAGAUGCAGAAAAGGGAAAAUGGCUACAAGCCCUGGCUGGGUCGGUAUACGAUUGAUUACUGCGCGUUUCUGCGUAAGACUAACCAUCCCGUAAUGAAAAUAUUUUGGGAUGUAAUCAAGGACUUCAUAAACUUUAAUCAUCCGUGUCCCAUAGACGGCUUACUGAUAAUAAAGGAUUUGUUCUGGGAUGCUAGAAACUUUUCUCUGCCUUUUCCCAGUGGCGAUUACAUGCUGCAUCUCACUUGGCUUUUUGAUAAGCGGCAGCAGUAUUUCCAAAAGAUUUACUUUACUUUCCAUCAGGACUUAUUUAAAGACUAACCAUGGCUUUCCAUUAACCUAAUAUAUGUUUUCUGGAUCUUCUAUCAGUUUUGAUUGUUUAUAAUUGUCACACACGUGCUGUCAUUGUUAACUGAUUGGUAAUUGCGGCCAAAAC